AUGACCAAACUGGUGUCAUGCUGGAAGACCAUGACUGUGCACAUGAAGAUGUCAAUCAUGUACCUAUCUGAUCAGAGACAGGCCGUGAGGAUCCACAUCUUCACCUCCACGGAUCCAUCCAGCUACCUUCCUCCAGACAUCUUCACCUCCACGGAUCCAUCCAGCUACCUUCCUCCAGACAUCUUCACCUCCACGGAUCCAUCCAGCUACCUUCCUCCAGACAUCUUCACCCCCACGGAUCCAUCCAGCUACCUUCCUCCAGACAUCUUCACCCCCACGGAUCCGUCCAGCUACCUUCCUCCAGACAUCUUCACCUCCACGGAUCCAUCCAGCUACCUUCCUCCAGACAUCUUCACCUCCACGGAUCCAUCCAGCUACCUUCCUCCAGACAUCUUCACCUCCACGGAUCCAUCCAGCUACCUUCCUCCAGACAUCUUCACCUCCACGGAUCCAUCCAGCUACCUUCCUCCAGACAUCUUCACCCCCACGGAUCCAUCCAGCUACCUUCCUCCAGACAUCUUCACCUCCACGGAUCCGUCCAGCUACCUUCCUCCAGACAUCUUCACCCCCACGGAUCCAUCCAGCUACCUUCCUCCAGACAUCUUCACCCCCACGGAUCCAUCCAGCUACCUUCCUCCAGACAUCUUCACCUCCACGGAUCCGUCCAGCUACCUUCCUCCAGACAUCUUCACCUCCACGGAUCCGUCCAGCUACCUUCCUCCAGACAUCUUCACCUCCACGGAUCCAUCCAGCUACCUUCCUCCAGACAUCUUCACCUCCACGGAUCCAUCCAGCUACCUUCCUCCAGACAUCUUCACCCCCACGGAUCCAUCCAGCUACCUUCCUCCAGACAUCUUCACCUCCACGGAUCCAUCCAGCUACCUUCCUCCAGACAUCUUCACCUCCACGGAUCCGUCCAGGAGUCAUCCGGAGGCCGACGGGGGCCCACGGUUCCGUUAUAUAACGUGA